AUGGGUUCAAGGCCUGUUACCCCUUCGAACGAAAUACAUUAUGUAAACGCGUCCGUCGCAAAUCGACCGCGCAACACGAACUCGAGGCCAAAUUCUUAUUUCGCUUCCGACGCUGUUGGAGGCGCAGCUUCGUUGGCCCAGGGUCAAGGUCCUCACAUGGAUUCGUCUCCGCUGGCGCAGUCUCUUAAUAAGCAUGAAGACAGCUAUGGCUUGAGCCAAAAUGAGGACGCAGUCUUCGACGAAGGACAUCGCAACAUGACAGGUGGGGAACUGCGUCGAUUCAACUCCCAGGUCUCACAGUCCCAGCCAUUGAUGCCAUCGAAAGGAGGAACUUUGAAAAAGAAGGCCUCCCUCAGAAGGUCAGGAAGCGUUAAGAGGAGUAGUAGCCGGCGGAGCAGUCGUGCUGGCUCGGUGAGAAGCCUUGCGCUCGGAGAGAAAGAAAAAUACGGAGAGGGCGAGGAAUUCAACAGCGCAUUUUACAAACCAAUCCCGACUACUGGCAGUCCUACGGAUGUCCUCGCAACCAGAUUUCAAGCGUGGAGGAAAGUGCUUAAGGAUUUGAUCACAUAUUUCCGGGAUAUACAAAAGUCAUAUGAAGCUCGCUCCAAAACAUUGACCACAGUCUCCCAUGCCAUCAACAACAUCACUAUUCCUGGGGAAUUUCUGGCUUCCGGCGGUGUGGGCGAUGCGACCUAUAUUUUGCAAGACUUCCACAAACGUAUCCUAAACGAGACGAACAGAGCAAGAGAGAUGGAAAACGAAGUCAUUAUGCAACUAACCGGACUACGCAGUGAUCUUCAGCAAAAGAUCAAAGAGAUCAAGAGCUUGUCCGGAGACUUCAAGAACUCUGUGGACAAGGAGACUGAAGGCAGUCGAAGGGCUGUUCGCCAUUUGCAGGAAGCCUUGGGAUUGGUAGACACAGACCCAGCAGCUACUGCAGGAAAAGGUGAUCCAUUUAUCGUCAAGCUUGGUGUUGAUCGCCAAAUAGAGCGACAAAUUGAGGAAGAGAACUACCUGCACAGAGCAUAUCUCAACCUUGAGUCGUCGGGUCGUGAGCUGGAAUCGAUCGUCGUUGGUGAAAUCCACAAAGCCUAUACAGCAUACGCGGGUAUUUUGAAGCGCGAAGCUGAUGAGGCCUUCGACACUGCCGAGAAGCUUCGUGAAGGACCGCUUGCGAUGGCAAAGGAUCAUGAAUGGGAGGUUUUCGUCGCCAAUAAUGAUCACAUGGUCGACCCAAGGAUCCCAAUCAGAUCCUUUGAGCAGAUUACGUAUCCAGGAAAGGAUCAUCCCGCUGCAACAGAAGUUCGAAGUGGUAUGCUUGAGAGGAAGAGCAAGUAUCUCAAAAAUUACACACCGGGCUGGUACAUUCUUUCACCAACCCACCUCCAUGAAUUUAAGUCCGCCGAUCGAAUAUACUCGCAGGCUCCGAUCAUGUCGCUGUUCCUUCCCGAGCAGAAACUGGGUUCCCAUUCAGAGCCUGGGUCAUCGUCACAUAAGUUCAUGCUCAAAGGCCGUCAAACCGGUGGGAUGCACCGCGGUCACACAUGGAUCUUUCGGGCUGAGUCUUACGAUACAAUGAUGGCAUGGUAUGCCGACAUCAAAGAACUCACCGAGAAAAGUGGGAAGGAACGCGAUGCCUUCGUUCGUCGCUCACAUGCACGCAGCCUAUCAGGAGGAAGCAUGAAAGCUCACUCCAUUGGCGACAGUUCCGAUGGUGGCUUGGAGGAAGACGAAGCUGAUGCUCAACCUUACUCGUCCGAGCAGUCGGUUCGUGGAGUUCCUCCCGCAGACAAGGCCGGCGAUCGUGGCAUCGACACUCGAAUCGAGCGUAAUGCUGAAGCAGGGCCAGAGGUAUACACGUAUGGUGAUGAACAACUGGAUGCUGCGGGAUGGCCACCCUCACAGCGCCCCUCUCCAGGUGGGCGAUUUCCAUCGGAUUUGAACGUGCACCGAGGCUUACAAGCACCGCUUUCGCCCAGUAGCGGAGAAAGUUCGACAGAGAGAGAUCGAGAUGCAAUAGCUGCAGCAGGAGCCCUUCCUGGUUCUGGUAUGCCGUAUUUGCCAUCUGAUGACACAGAACAACAACCUCAACAUAUCGCGGUUCUUGCAGGAGGGGAAAAGGCAACAGCAAAUGAAAGAGAGCAUGAUUACCAGGAGGAAUCCGCAGCCGGACAUGGUCAUACUAAGCCGCUGCAACAUUUCAGCUCUGCGCCGCAACGCCAAUAUAGCCAACAGUCGCAAUACUCGCAAGCUCAACCGGAGUAUGCUCAAUCCAGUCAGCAUUCCACUCACCCUCAGCAAGAAUCUACACAGUCCUAUCAGCAGUAUGCUCAGCCUCAGCAAAAAACCGCCCCUACGCCCUCACGGUUCACAGAGGAUCUACCCCACCAAACUCAACAUGACUACACCGGCUCAGGCAUCGCCGCUAGCAUUGGAGGCGCUGCUAUCGGUGCUACAGGAGUGUAUCAAUACGUCCAACAGCCUCACGGUCAGCAGCCACAGCAACCCGAAACGGUUAUGGAUGAAAUGGAUCACGCAUCUGCCGUCCCCGCUCAGGGCACUUCUUCGCCUCCUAUCACAAUCGAGACCGCCACCACCAUAUCACCCACCACUUUCACCAACUCCUCUCAAGGUGACGCUGGAAGCCUCUCCACCAUGCCCACUAGUAUGGGCAGCAUCAACUACGGCGUUGAUUCGUCCCAACAGAAGACGACACCAUCCGCACACCAAGCCGGUACUGUGACGACGGUCGAGGCUGUGCCUACCAGCGCCGCUGCACCGGAUGAAACAUCUUACGCACAGCAAGCCGGCACGGGGAUGAAAAUGACCGCAGACGCUCUCCCCACCGCUGGACCAGACCAAACCCAAGAUGCGCCCAGCAAACCCACGCCAUUACGAAGCGUGACUGCAGGCACGAUCAGCGAUCUACACAUCCCGGGAGAGUUUCCCAAGACGCCAAAGUACGCGCAAUAA